AUGGAAUUUGUAGGUUUUAAUACCAAAACUUUUGUCAAUUUCUUCGCUGCAGUGGAUGAAAAAUCGGAUGCCUCCGAUUGGUAUUUCACAGGAAGAAUGAUUUUCCAUAAAAACAAUUUCAAAGAAAUAAAAAGAUCAAAAAAGGGUAGUGGUGUUAGUCUACUCAAAAAGAUAAAAGAAUAUAUCGGUAUAAAUUGUUAUAUACCGAGCGAUGGAUGCUGCUUUGUAAAGUGCGUUAAUCGUGUUUUAAACGAAGACUACACGAGAGAAUUUCAAGAUUUCAUCAACACUUUUUCAAAAUCAAACAGAAAAGGAGUUAUGACAACUGCUAGAAUCUGCGAAUUCAAUAAGAAAUUUAAUACUUAUUUUCAAAUAUAUAUGCCCAAACAUAGACAUUUUCAACCAAAGAAAGUAACCGAAGAAUUAGAUUGGGUUUUUUAUUUACACAAAGAACAUUUCUGUUUGAUAAGAAGAAAUAACAAAGCUUUGGGCAUUAAAGAAAUAGAAGAUAAUUACGAUGAAAACGUAUGGAGAACUUGUGAAGAUGAUAAUGCGGUAACGCAAGUUUCACCUUUAAAACUAAACGUUUUUCCAACCAUUCCCGAUUAUUGUUUAUACGCAUGGGAUUGCCAAACCUAUUGCGAAAAAGAAACGAAUAAAGCCAUUCCUUAUUGUUGUACUUUAGUCAAUUUGGAAAAACUGAUGAUUAUAAUAAUUAUUUAA